AUUUUGAUUCAAAUCAACAAUAUUUCGGUUUAUCACAAGAGGCAUUACCUGUCAAUGAACGAUCGUCGUUGAUUGCACAUGAUCACGAUUUUAUAGAUAGUCCGAAAGAACACGAUAUCUAUUUUACAAGACAUUGUUCGAAUAAUUUAUCAACUGUUUAUCAUCCUCUUUCAAUUCCUCAACCAAAAACUGGUGAUAAUGAUCAUCUAUUAUCACGUUUCAAUGGACUUUGGGUAGGACAGUAUGAUUAUCAUGGUCUUGAAUUACUUUAUUUGGAGCUUUGUCAUGAUUUUAUAUGUCCGACAACCGUCGAUGGUAUAUCAAAAGAUGUAGAAAUUGUGCCACAUGCUUUAGUUGCUAGAAAAUUUUUCGGAGAUCCUAAUGUACCACAUAGUAAAAUUUCUUUUGCAGCUACACAUCCUAUUGAAGUUGAUUCAGGUUCUUCAAUAUGUUAUGAAGGCAUUGGACAAAUUGCAAAUACAGAUUAUAUUGAUGCGCAAUUCAUACGUACAAAAAUAAUUCUAAUAUCGGACGAUGCAUUAAAAGUUACUUGGUUUACUCUAAAUAAUACUUCAUUGUUGAAAAGAUGUUUAUUUUAA